AUGGGUAAAAUAAAGGGAAAAAAUUCCCGAGGUCCAUACAAACAAUAUAAUCUUUUAAAUAACAGCAAAAAAAUUCCGGUGAGGACAAGAUAUGAUUGGAAAAAAAAGCAUUUAGCUCGCCAGUUAAAUCAAGUCUCUCAUGAUGAUAAGUCUCUUUCCUCCAAGCUUAUAAACAGCGUUCAAAUAGAAAUUUCGGAUAUGUGCGUUAAUAACAAUGACAGUGAAAGUCUUAUGAAUAUUUCUGAUGACAACAGGGUUGAUGACAAAAUAUUUGAAGAUUGCCCCGAUUCGGCUCCCAGAGAUACAAUUAAUGAUAUUCAAAAUGAAAGUUUUCCAACUAAUCAUGACGCCCUAAAUACAUCGCAGAUCAUCGAUAAAACUAUUCCACCUACAUAUAAAAAGGAAAUUCUGAAAAGUCAGCUGAUUAAUAAUCUUCUAGUCAUGGCGAUUAAAUGGCGACGGAACACCACCUACGCUGUUGCUCAAGAUAUUUUAAAUCUUUAUGCUAUUGAAGACAUUUACGACGGUAAAGCGUACAAAAAAGUCAUGACGAGUGAUGAUAUGAUCUCCAUAAAUUUCAACGUUGAUGGUGCGCCUAUUUUUGAAAGCUCAAACACGUCUGCAUAUCCUGUCCUUUGCACCCUGAAUGAGUUAAGUCCUUCUGAUCGGAAGAAUCACAUUAUGAUGUCCAGUAUUUGGUUUGGAAAUGGAAAGCCCAAGAAUAUGAACGCUUACUUAACUCCUUUCGUCAAUGAAGCCAAAGAACUGCUGAAAGAAGGAUUGACGUACACAUUCAAAGGUCAAACAUACGCCAAAAAAGUUAUUAUUUUGAUAGGCAUUUGUGACUCUGUUGCUCGGCCCCUCGUACAGUGUACAAAACAGUUUAAUGGGGAGUAUGGGUGUGGGUUAUGCCUUCAUCCGGGUAAGUCGAUCGCAAAAGGCCGUGGAUUUGCUCGAGUGUAUCCUGUCGUCAACGGCGAAUUUUUUGGUGAAGGGCUGCGAAGUCAUGAACAAACAUUGAUUCAUGCUGAAGCAAAAACUAAGGAAGACAAAAAAGGGAUUAAAAGAAAGUCAGCUCUAUGCGACAUACCAAACUACGACAUUGUUAAAAACCUCGAUGUAGACUGGAUGCACUGCGUUGCACUGGGUGUUUCUCGGCAAUUCGCGAAUCUGUGGUUUGAUUCAACAAACUCUAAUAAAAAGUUCUAUUUUGGAGACAUUAUAGAUCAAUUUGAUGCCCUUAUAUUGUCCCUUUCACCAACGAGUGAUUUCACAAGAAUACCAAAAGGUCUAAAGGAUCGAGUUCAUAUGAAAACUCAUGAAUGGGUAGUUUUCCUUCUUGCUUACAGUUUACCUGUCAUGAAAAUGUGCUUUCCUAUUAAAUUCGUUAAGCAUUGGGCUUUGUUAGUUGACGGCAUUUCAAUUCUAACCAAGAAAUCAAUAAUGAAGUCAGAGUUGGUUUAUGCUGAUCAAUGCUUGAAGGAAUUCAUCCGCGAAGUCGAGUCACUGUAUGGAGAGAAGUAUCUUUCCUUUAAUGUUCAUCUUUUGGCACAUUUGGCUGAGAGUGUUGAGAAUUGGGGACCUCUGUUUACCCACAGUGCAUUCAUCUAUGAAGAUUUUAACCAACUGAUUGAAAACUCUGUCAACAGUCCUAACGGAGUAUCAAUCCAGAUUUGCGACUCGUUUAGAUUGAAGUGUACAAUUGAUAGACUUUACAAUCUGUGCCAGAAUGAUUUAACUCCUCAACAAAAAAAAUUUUUUGAUGGUCUUCGCAAUAAAAAUUCAAAACCAGCCUCGACAUUGGUGUUAAGAAAUUGUAAGGUGUUAGGAAAGUCUAAAAUUGUAACUAAACUCCCUCAAGAUCAGAGACGAGCACUUCAACGUUUGGAUAUAAAGCUUGACUCAACCUAUACGAUCUACAAGUACCGAAGAUGCAUUAUUAAUCAAGAAAUAAUUACUAGCAAAAUCUACAAGCGCGAGAAAAAACGUACAAACUACACAGUACUUCUAAAGAAUGGUCAAAUCUUCGAAAUUAAGUGUUUCGUAGGCUUAAAAAAUAAUAAUGACGUAGAAAGUUAUUUGAUUGGAAACUAUUAUUCUUCAAAAAAGGAAUCGUUCUUAAAAAAUAGACGACUCGACCAAUUAAUAUCAUUAAAUGAUAAACUACAUACCAUUAGUGCAAUCAGUUCUAAAAUGGUAGCGCAAAAAGUCAUGAUCAUUAAAAUGAAUGAUGAUCAACUCAUUGCCUACGUACAUUUGUGUAAUUCAGAGCUUUUGAAUUGA